AUGACAACACACGCCAAACAACAACUGUCAAUACUACAACAACAAAUGCCAGAGCAUUCAGGCACCUCUGCCAAGCACACCAUCCAGGUGAGCUAUCAGAAAUGGGGAGAGAUCAAGCGUUACUGUGGAAUCAUCCAUGAGUUUGCAUCCGAUGCGCCAAACCAUCCAAUCACAACGGCCCUCCUCACAGACCUCUACAACAUAUCCAGAGUCCUUGUCGAUGUUGUCGACAGUGUAUUUAUAGAUCCACGCGAUAGUUAUGAGAAAUAUAACAAUGGAUAUGGAAGCCCAAUGAUGAAUGGACUUGUUUUAUUUGAUCAACAGGCUCAUUUGUCAAAGAAGUCUGUUCAAGUACCUCCACAUGCUGCAGCUGGUUAUUACUUUGCUGCAGAGUACCCUCCAAACAUGGCCUAUUACAACAUUCAACCAACCAUUCAGAUAUCUCAGACUACUCCAAUUGCAUCACCUCAGAUCAUUCCAAUUGGCGUACAAAUGAGCUCUGCUCCAUCUCCACUUCCAAACAACAAUGGUGGUCCAGCAUCAAUGCAAGGCACUCCACAGAUUAGAUCACAACAACAACAGCAACAACAACAACAAAUGAUGUUGCAACAACAGCAACAACAACAACAACAACAGUUGUCAUCCAAUCCAUCUUCACAGCCGACAACACCUCCUCAACUUGCAGUUAUGGGAGUGUCGGCCGCAGCACCAAUGGUGAUACAACAACAAUCUGCAGCGUCAUCGGCAAUGGUUGUGCACAAUCAACCGGCAGCAGCCAAGCUAUCAUCGUCGCCACCAUCAUCAAGCAUGACCUCUGCACCCAAGACCAAAACACAAAUCAAACCAUCGUCCAAGGGCAACUUCUCUGGCGAGGUGUUCUUUGACGACAUAUCACAAGACAAACCAAGGCGAAGAAGGAGAACAGUAUACUCUGCCAAGCGUAACCUGAAAUGUGAAUACUGUCACGUCACUGAGACGCCAGAGUGGAGACGAGGACCAAAUGGAGAUCAUACACUUUGCAAUGCAUGUGGAUUGCACUACGCCAAGUCAUUGAAGAAGAAGAAUAAGGAUGAAAAGGAGAAUGAGGAGCGAGAGAAGAAGGCAAAGGAGGAACAAGAGGAGAACGAGAGGAAGAUGAAGGAGCUGAAAGAGCAACGAGACAAGUCACUGGCAGAGAAGGACACGAGGAAGCAUUCAAUCGACUUUGUGAUCGAGGCAACAUAA